AUGGAGUCGCCUCGAUCGCCCAAGCGGCGGCGCAUUCUCUCUUCGAUCAAUCCCCCAGAACAAAACAAUGCGGCCGACGCGCCGAGAGACCCCAGGCGCGACCGCUCAAUGACGCCCACGGGCCCCCCGGAUUACGGCCCACGGGAACCAAAAGCGACCAAGUUCCGCUUCAAAUCCUCAUCACACCACCACCGCCACCGGCGGCGACGCCGCAGCCAUCCCUCCCGGCCCGACUCCGCGCCCGAACCCGAAAACGACCCCCCUCUCUCCCCCACCACCGCAUUCCGCGAAUCCCUUUUCGACGCUAUGGCCGACGAUGAAGGCGCCGCCUACUGGGAAUCCGUCUACGGCCAGCCCAUCCACAUCUACGCGCCCCCUCAUACUGCCUCCGGCGGUACUGGCGCGGGUGGCAUGCUCGAGCAGAUGACAGAGGAUGAGUACGCCGCGUACGUGCGGCAGAAAAUGUGGGAGAAGACGCACGCGGGUUUAAUGGAGGCGCGGGCGCGAAGGCAACGGGAGCAGGAGGAGGAACGGGAGAAGGCCGAGGAGAGGGCGCGCGUGAACCGGGAGAUGGAGAGGAGUCUGCGGCGCGGGGAGGAAAGGAGGAAGAGACGGGGGUGGCGGGAAAGGUGGGAGAAAUAUCUGGAGCGGUGGACAGUGUGGGAAAGUGAAGGGGGGAAAGGAACUGCUGGUGGUGGUGGUGGUGAAGAUGGGGAUGCUGGGCUCUUGAAGGAGAAGAUCCCCUGGCCGAUCAUUUCCUCUGGGGGUUCUACCCGGGGCUACGGCGACGAAGGAGUGGAUGGGGAAGCGGUCAGAGCAUUUUUUGUGAAUGGGAUCGGGUUGGAGGAGCUAGGGGAGAAAGAGUUUGCUGCGCAGCUAAAGGAGGAGCGUGUUCGGUGGCACCCGGACAAGAUGCAGCGGCGGCUAGGAGGAAAGGUGGAUGAGAAGAUCAUGCGGGACGUGACGGCGAUUUUUCAGGUGGUUGAUGCGCUGUGGAAUGAUACCCGGAAGAAGAGCGGUUAG